AUGGCCAAAGUAGAAAGCACGAGCCUGCCAGGCCCCGCGAACUCGCCGGGCGACGACUCCAACGGCUCAGGCACCACCAGCAAUUCUUCAGCCUCUACCGCAAAGCCCGAAACAUCGCCCACGGUCCAGUCCUUCCCCCCACCCAAAAACGACAAGCCCCGGCCUCACGUCUGCACGACAUGCACGCGUUCAUUUGCACGACUAGAGCAUCUAAAGCGACACGAGCGAUCACACACAAAAGAGAAGCCAUUCGAAUGCCCCCAAUGCACAAGAUGCUUCGCGCGACGCGAUCUUCUCCUACGACACCAGCAGAAGCUCCACCAGCAAGGCGCGGCCAACACACGACCCCGGAAUGGACGUAGAGAAAGCACCACUGGUCUCCCACCCAACUCGACCGCUCGGGUACGCAAAAACUCCAUAUCCAGCAACGCCGGCGCUGCCAAGGGCGCUGCCAAUAUCAUGAGGCCGCGCGCCAACACCAUCAGUCACAUCGAUCCGAGCGCCCUCAAUAGUUUCCUAGCCACACAUGGAACUUCGAUAGCUGGCGGCAGGGGCAACCACCCAGGCCAUUCACAACAUUCAAGUCUGUCGGGCAUAAGUCAAUUCGACUACAGAGGCAUGUCGACAGCUGUCGGCAACCACGGCCAGCAUUCAGGUCUACCAAGACUGGACACUCAUCUGGGAUUUGGUAUGGGUGGCGGUCUUCGCACAGCUCCCAUUCCAGGAAUGGCUGGGCCUGACGACCAUGAGCUUGAGAAGUUCUUCGGAUCGUCAGCAGCUUCCACCAUCAACCCGAACCAGCUGCAUCACUUCAACGGAGGCAUUGCACUUCCGCAAUCGCCCUUUAAGCAAUUCGCCAACCCCUUCGCUGGGAACAACCCUAUCGAGGAAGACGAUUUUGGCUGGGGUAUGGGUAUUGACAGCUCCAUGGUCUUUUCUGGCGCCAACGAGUCGGCUCUCGAUGGCUCAUCGCCAUCAGCCAUCAGUACCGCGAGCCAGAGUGGUUUCAACGACAUGAUGCUAGACGGAUCAAGUCAACCAAACUCAGCAGCCAUGUGGCACAACCCUCUAGUCACUCAUACUAGCAUCAACCCAACCGCUUUCACACUCGAUGCCAUGGCUCCUGUCUUUCCCGAGCUCAUGAUGGACAAUAAUACUCCUCAAGAGCUCGGAAACCAUGGCGUUCAAAAUGAUUUCUACUCUUCUACACCACCUCCUUUAGCGGCCAUGAGCCCUUCAGCUGGUAUACCCGGUAUGCCGAAUCAGUACUUUCAGACGCCCAUGACAUUCGCUUCUGAUGCCCGCAGCAUAUCAUCUUCCUCCUUCAACGGGAGCGCAAGACACAGCUCUGUAUCAUCAUUUUCUACUGAAACCAUCACAGACUCUACGAGGCAAGCUAUGAUGUUCAACUUGACUCAAGCUAUGGGGUACGGUCACGGAGCUCAACGGAGAUUCUCCCAACCCGCCAUCAGCUCGCCCCUGUCGAACGGUACUACAAAGCCUUCAACACAGGCCGGUAUACUCCCAAGUACUGUCGACAUUCAGCGCUAUGUCAAUGCGUACAUUCAUUAUUUCCACCCCCACUUGCCCUUCUUGCACAUCCCUACACUUUCCUUCGAUACCCCAGCAUACACAUAUCAGCUUCGCUCCGCCGGAAACUACAACCAAGACACCAUGGUUGGUGGCGGUGGUUGCCUUAUCCUUGCCAUGGCUGCGAUUGGCGCGUUGUAUGAAUUUGAGCAAAAUGUCGCAAAAGAGCUUUUUGAAGCUGCUAAGAAGCUGAUCCUGUUCUACCUUGAUGAGCGCCGCAAAGCUGGCCUUUCUGCCGUCAAUGGAUCCAAUGCCGCAAACGACCACAUUAACAAACCACCACUUUGGUUGGUGCAAGCCAUGCUGCUCAACCUGAUCUUCGGCCACAACUGUGGUGACCGACAGGCCGCCGAAGUUGCGAGCACUCAUUGCGCGGCGCUCGUCAGCCUCGCAAAAGCUGCUGGGUUGGACAAACCAACAGCUCCGGAGCAAACGUCUUCUAGUCCUCCCAACCACGCAAACGGCGACAAUUUGGAAAUGCCAGAUGGCUCGCCUUCGCAGUACGACCAAAAUGCGGAUAGCGUGGAUGAACAUGCUCAAUGGAUCCAGUGGAAGAAGAUCGAAGAGCGUAAGAGAACUUACUUUGCCAUCUUCUCCAUGUCGAGCUUGCUUGUCUCCGCCUACGCGCAUUCACCACGUAUCUUGAACUCAGAGAUACAUCUAGAUCUUCCAUGCGAAGAGGAUCUCUGGUCUGUCGACAACCCCCAAACGUGGGUGGCUAUGGGAGGGCCAAUGAUUGCACAGACUCGGGGUUUGUCUUUCAUUUCGGCCAUGACAUACCUUCUCGAAGCUAGUUCACGAAACACCACCUCACGGAUGCGGAAUUCUUACCCCCAAGCUUUCGCAGGCGGUCAACCAAUGAGCGGACCUUCUGAGAGUGAUAUCCGGCCCAGCACUUUCGGUUGUUAUGUGCUGAUUAACGCCAUGCACGUCUACAUUUGGGAAACUAGGAAUAGGCACAAUGGACGUCUAUGGAAAGCGCAGGAGACCGAGGCCAUGCAUGCCCAAGUAGAGCCUGCUCUCAAGGCCUGGCAAGUUGCUUGGAGGGCAAACCCAAACCACAGUAUCGAGCGUCCCAGCCCGUUCGGUCCUCUUUCCGCUGACUGCAUACCACUACUGGACUUGGCCUAUGUCAGACUUUUUGUGAACCUUGGCCGCGCUAAGGAGCUUUUGUGGCAACGUGAUUUCGAUGGAAUGGCGAAUGAACUCGCCAGAGGCAUCGACAUUGUUGGUCAAGCUGACGGGACGCCGGAGAGGUUUGCAUCUAUGGAUAUCAAUGGAGGUUCUCCCGGCCAGAUGGGUUCGCAGGAUCACAUUAGCCCCGGGCAUGCAAAUGGUUUCUCCAACUCACAGUCUUCAAAACGAGAGAGACAUCUCCGAAAGGCAGCUUUCUACGCUGCUGACUCCCUUUCCAUGGCCGACAAAUUAGGCGCUUCUUAUGCCGACUUCACAGCUCGGGAACUACCCAACUCAUCCGCAUUGUGUACCUUCGACUGCGCCCAGGUCCUUGCUGAGUGGGUUGCAACUGUUCAAGAUCGUGUUGGUCGUCACAUGGGUGUGCUUGGCAGAGACGAGAUUGAUUUCUCGAGCGUGCCAGCGGUUGUAUUGCUUGAAGAGGAGGACAUCAAGUUACUACAGAAGAUUUCCGACAUCCUUCAUCACGCGGACAUGAAGCUAGCUUAUGACAUCUCUUCCAACAACCUACCGAUGCUUGGUGGUCUUUCCAACCUCGGGCAUUGCGGUUAUGGUACAAAGUUGCUGAUGGUGACGGCUUACAUGCUGUCAAAGGCGGCUGUUUGGCCUGUCACGCAUGUUCAAGCCCGCGCACUCGAAUCGCACGCCCACCAUAUCAGCCAGCGUGCAGAAAACUCGCUUCACAUACAGUAA